GACAAAACGUCAGGAGAGAAUGCUUCUGGAACAUGGCCAGACAGCCCGGAAAACUCACAGCAACACCCAUGCAGGAAUAUAUUUCUAACAAUGUAAUAAUAUGUAAUAUUCAUAUAUUAUGAUAUACUAAUAAUAGAAUAUAUUGUAUAUACAUAUAAUAUUGAUAAUAUUAUAAUGUAAUACAAUAUAAUAAUACACGAUUAUACUUGUAUAUUUAUAUUACAUGUAAUAUUACUUAUUUAUUUAUUUAUUUCCAUCAUUUCUAUCCCGCCCUUCUCACCCGAAGGGACUCAGGGCAGCUCACAAUCUGGCAAAAUUCAAUGGCAAUAUACAAUACGAAAAGAUAACACAUAAGCCAUUAAAACAAUUAGAUAAUUUAACAAAAUACAAUAAAUAGAUUUAAAACCAUACAUUAUAAAAUACUUGAGCCACUAAUAAUAUUACAAGAUAGUGUUAAAGUACAAUAUAGUAAUUUAUAAUGCUUAUAUUGUGCUAUGCUAAUAUAUUAUAUUGUAUGUACACAUAACUUGUAAGCCACCCUGAGUCCCCUUCGGGGUGAGUAGGGCAAGAUAGAAAUGUUGCUAAUAAAUAAAUAUAUUUCUGUAAAGUGCUAGGCAAGGGCAAACUUGGGCCCUCCUUCCAGGUGUUUUGGACUUCAACUCCCACAAUUCCUAACAGCCAGUAGGUUGCUUAUAUGCUAGAAUGGAGAAGAGCUGGAGUGGGAAGAGACCAUAAGGGGCCAUCCAGUCCAACCCCAUUCUAAGUAAAGGUAAAGGUUUUCCCUUGAUGUUAAGUCCAGUCAUGACCGACUAUGGGGGUUGGUGCUCAUCUCUAUUUCUAAGCCGAAGAGCCGGCGUUGUCCAUAGACACCUCAAAGGUCAUGUGGUCACUGGCAUGACUGCAUGGAGCGCCGUUACCUUCUCGCCGGAGCGGUACCUAUUGAUCUACUUACAUUUGCAUGUUUUUGAACUGCUAGGUUGGCAGGUGCUGGGGCUAACAGCGGACGCUCAUUCCGCUCCCGGGAUUUGAACCUGGGACCUUUUGGUCCGCAAGUUCAGCAGCUCAGCGCUUUAACGCACUGUGCCACCAGGGGCCCCCAACCCCAUUCUACCCUAGAGGAAAACACAAUCGAAGCACUCCUAGCAGAUGGCCACCCAGCCCCUGUUGAAAAGCAGAGGAGACUCCCAGGCAGGAGCAUAUUCCCCUGUCAAAGGCUUGAUGGGAUGCUUCCCUGGGGUUAGGCUGACUGCCAUUCUGUGCUGGCUUUGUUAGAGAAGAAGAAGACAUACAGGCAACGGCUCCUCCCCCUUUCUGCUGUUCUCAGGGAUGUGAUUGGACAGCUCCUGCCCAGAGCCUGGCAGGGCUUCGGUCACGUGAUGCCGGAAGCGGAAGGGAGGAACCCAAGCCUUGGAAGGGGAGCUUCAGAAGCCGUCAGUCGCUCUUUUGUGUGCGGAGGAGAAGGAGGCCUGAGAGAUUCCACUGACCUUUCAACAGGUGGCCACAUCUUUCCUCCUCGAGAAGAGGGCAUUUUGAAUCCAGAACAGACAGAACUACACAAGGAGGUCAUGGAUGAAACGGUUGAGGCUGUGCCUGCUCCUGCAGGUGACUGGGAGGAGAAUAAUGCCUUUGCCAACCAUGGGAAUUCUCCUACUCAGAAUGCAGUGUUCCCCAAAGAUGAACCAGUCCACACAGAAGAAAAAUGCCCUGAAGACAUGUCCUGCAUAUGCACCAGCUGUGGGAGAUGUUUUGCACCAAACAUGAUACAUGUGUGUGACGAGAGAAUGCAGCUGGAAGAGAACCGUGAUGGAGAACUUUUGGUGAAAGAUGUUGAUCUCAAAUUUCUCCCCAAUAGCCACGAGGGAGUCCAUACCGCAGAGGCAUCAUUCAAUUACCAGGAGGGUGGAACAUUUUCUAUUGCAGAUCCAAACUUUCUCUUCCACCAAAGAAUUGACCCAGAAGGAAUACCAUACAUGUGCCCAGUGUGUGGGGAAAAUUGUACUUGUGGGUCAAACUUUGUGAUCCCGCAAGGAAUCCAAACAGGGGAGAAACCAUACAAAUGCCAGGAGUGUGGAAAAUCUUUUGUUUCCAAGUCAAAACUGUCUGUCCACCAGAGAAUCCACACAGGGGAGAAACCCUACAAAUGUGAAGAGUGUGUGAAGUGUUUUGCUUCCAAAUCAGGACUUCUGAAACACCAGAGGAUCCACACCGGAGAGAAACCGUUCCAAUGCCAAGAGUGUGAGAAGUGUUUUGCAUCCAAGUCAGACCUUGUGAUCCACCAGAGAAUCCACACAGGAGAGAAACCGUACAAAUGCCCAUAUUGUGUAAAAUGUUUUGUUUCGAAGUCAAAACUUGUGAUCCACCAGAGAAUCCACACAGGGGAGAAACCAUACAAAUGUCAGGACUGUGGAAAAUGUUAUCCCCAGUCUUCUCACCUUCACAUCCACCGGAGAGUCCACACAAGUGAGGAAUUAUACAAGUGUCAGGAAUGUGGGAAAUGUUUUGCUUCCACAUCGGGACUCGUGAUCCACCAGAGAAUUCACACAGGGGAGAAACCAUAUAAAUGUCAAGAUUGUGAAAAAUGUUUUGUUUCUAAAUCAUACCUGGAGAUCCACCAGAGAACCCACACAGGGGAGAAACCGUAUGAAUGCCAGGUGUGUCAAAAAUGCUUUGCUUCAAAAUCAGAACUUGUGAAACACCAUAGAGUACACACAGGAGAGAAGCCAUAUAAAUGCCAGGUAUGCGCAAAAUGUUUUGCUUCCAAAUCAGACCUUGUCAUCCACCAGAGAAUCCACACAGGAGAGAAGCCAUACAAAUGUGAGGAAUGUGGCAAAUGUUAUACCCAAACUUCACACCUUCACGUCCACCGGAAAGUCCACACAAGAGAUAAACUGUAUAUAUGCCAAGAGUGCGGAAAAUGUUUCACUUCCAAGGCGGGACUUGUGAUCCACCACAGAACCCACACAGGGGAGAAACCAUAUGAAUGCCAGGUGUGUGGGAAAGGCUGGAUUCGCAGGUCUGACCUUGUGGUCCACCAGAGGAUCCACACCGGAGAGAAGCCAUACCAGUGCCAGGAGUGUGUUAAGUGUUUUGGUUCCAUGUCAGGGCUCAUCAAACACCAGAGAAUCCACAGGGGAAAGCAACCGGAUACGAAUAGCGUGGAAAACAUUAUACUGAAAAUCCGCAGCUUAACCUCCGCCGCUGGAGAGUCCACACAAGAGGAGUACCACAGAAACGCCAUGAGUGUGGAAGAUGUUUUCCUUCCAAGCCAGGACUUGGAAUCCACCCGAGAAUCCACAGAGGAGAUAAACCAUACACAUGACAUGAGUAUGGACAAUGUCUUAUUUUGAAUCCAGUUGUUAAGUAGCACCAUACAGUUCACACAGAAGAGAAAACAUUACAAAUGCAUCAUGAGGAAAGUAUCUGUUUUUACAACAGAGCUUUUAAUGUAUCAGAGUCUACAAGAAAACCUCUGACUGAUACCUUUAAUUAGGCCCACGAGGGCCAGUUAGUCAUACCAUUGACAUUUCAUAAACCUUCCACUCAAACAUCCUUGAAAGGAUGGUAUGCAAGGCAAAAUAGCCCACUGUGGAUUUUCUCUGAACACUGUAAAGUUCUUUCUUAUGAACUCCCUUCCCUGUGAGUUGAAUCAACUGGUUAGAUCCCAUUUUCUAGACAGGCAGCAAGGAAACUCAUUCUGUUUUCUGUCUCCUUGGAAGCACUGCAUCUGGCCCCUGAGAUCUAAGUUUGCUGAAAGUAGCUACGUAUUCCAUUACUACUUCUUUGCUGCUUUUGGUCUGCAUCAUUUUACUGUUUCCUCCAAAUUGAGCCCUCUUCAAAAAUGUAGAUACAAAGCAUGGGAUGACCAAUUCAUCUUUCUCCUGUUAGGUCAAACUUUCAUUGUAUUUCACUAAAAGCUGUUACAAGUCACUUAAGGAAAUAACAUUUUGCAAGGAUAUUUCAUCAGUCAGUAGCCUUUAUUUUGGUCAACCAAUUUUCAGCUGAAGUCAAAUAAGGAUAAAAUGGUAAAAUACAGCAUUUGAAUCAUUUAUAACAUCAAAUAUGGCUCAUAGUUUAAUGAUAAUAAUUAUCUCCCUCCUCUACCGACUGGCUGAAUAAUAUUAUAGAUGCAAAAGGCAGGCUACACAACAACAGCGUUGAGAGUGACGGCAUGAAUAUUCUUUGACGUGUCAACAAAUACAGUAGUUCUGUUGAUUUUCUUGAAAGCAGUGCUUUCUAAUGUCUGGCCCUGUGUCCUUUCAUUUUGUACUCUUGCAAACUAAGUUCUGUUUGAGGUUAUAGUUUGUGAAGUUGAGUCCCUAAAUCCUGAAUGCUGAUGUUGGGAGGGGAUCUGGCCUUGUGUUGUCGAAGGCUUUCAUGGCCUGGAUCGCAGCGUUGUUGUAUGUUUUCCGGGUUGUAUGGCCAUGUCCCAGAAGUAUUCUCUCCUGACGUUUUGCCAACAUCUAUGGCAGGCAUCAUCAGAGGAUACAACCUGGAAAACAUACAACAACCCUGAUCUGGCCUUGCCUUGCUGCUCUCUGAGAUUGAGGAAGUGUGACUUGCCCAGGGUCUCCCAGUGCGUUUCCAUGGCUGAGUAAGGAUUUGAACCUUGGUCUCUGAAUUUCAAACCACUACACCACACUGGCUAUGUCUUAGUGGUCAGUGCCUACUUUUGGACCCCCAAUGUUGGUUGUUAACACACCUGUCUCUGCCUUGAGGAACAAGGUUGGAGAGUAAGCACCCUAGAAACCUGCUUUGGGAAGCUUCAGGUUAUUCAUUGUUAUGCCUUAUUUCCUAAAUAUCCAUGCUGUAAUUAUUUUGAGUGUCUAUUUUCCCCUGGAGCCCCCAGUGACGCAGCGGGUUUAAAUGCUGAGCUGCUGAAUUUGCUGACUGGUUAAAAUCCAGGGAGCGGGGUGAGCUUCCGCUGUUAGCCCCAGCUUCUGCCAACCUAGCACUUCAAAAACAUGCACAUGUGAGUAGAUCAAUAGGUACCGCUCCAGCGGGAAGGUAACAACGCUCCAUGCAGUCAUGCUGGUCACAACGCCGGCUCUUCGGCUUAGAAAUGGAGAUGAGCAGCAACUCCCAGAGUCGGGCAUGACUAGACUUAAUGUCAGUGGAAACCCUUUACCUUUACUUAUUUCCCCCUGAAGGUAAUGCAUCCCAUGACUUUGUAGCAAUGCACCAGAACUUAGCAAAGGAAUGGCCACAUAGAAAUUGAAGAUCGAAUACAAAUACAGUAGAGUCUCGCUUAUCCAACUUUUGCUCAUCCAGUGUUCUGUAUUAUCCAACACAGUCUGGCUCUUGCCCGGACCCACAGCUGUCUCUCUAGGCAGCAACGUGCAGUGGGCCAACACACUCAACAACAACACAAGUGCAGCCAUGCUCCCAAACAAGUGGCAGACUUGUUGUAAAACAUGAUGUUUUGGUGCUUAAUUUGUAAAAUCAUAACGUAAUUUGACGUUUAAUAGGCUUUUCCUUAAUCCCUCCUUAUUAUCCAUUAUUUUCGCUUAUCUAAUGUUACGUUGGAUAAGCGAGACUACUGUACAUACAAAUUCCCAAACAAUGUCCUCUCAAUUGCAAUGUGACCCUUUGUAAUUAUAAGUUAACUCUGCAGAAACCUACCCUUUGAAGAAGGCUCCACUACAUUAGGAGGCCUGUUUAGUGUCAGACAGCUCUUUCCAUAAGGCUGUUCUUCCUCAUGUUUAGCUGGGCUCCCUUCUCUAUCUUCAAUAUGGCAUCCUUUCAAAUAUUUAAAUCAUGUCACCGCUUAAUCUUUUGUUCUCCAGGCUGGGAGUAUGCUAUUCAAUCAGUCCCCAUGGCUGAGCAGGGAUUUGAAUGCCUGUCUCUGGAGUUGUAGUUCAACAUUUGAAAGCUCUUAUAUUUAUUAUUUAUUUUAUUGUUUUCCUUCCUUUCUUUGAAUAUAGGGUCUUAUAGAAAGAGUUGGAAGAGACCUCAUGGGCCAUCCAGUCCAACCCCCUGCCAAGAAGCAGGAAAUCUCAUUCAAAGCAUCCCCGACAGUUGGCCACCCAGCCUCUGCUGAAAAGCCUCCAAAGAAGGAUAUAACACAAUAUAAUAUAGGAAGAAAGCCCCUAAAUGCACUAAUCAGCUGUGCUUAGUAUACUAGAGCUGGGGUCCCCAAACUAAGGCCCAUGGGCCGGAUGCAGCCCUCCAAGGUCAUUUACAUGCCCCCUGUCCUAAACUUUAGACUUAGAGUUGAUCUAAGUCUACCUGGUCUUUGGAGGUUUCUUUGUUUACCUAUGGUCUUAUGAGACCAUCUAGAUGGUUUUUGAAGGUCUCUUUGUUUAGCUACGGCCUUAUGAGACUGUCUAGAUAGCUUUUGAAGGUCACUUACCUAUGGUCCUAUGAGACUGUCUAAAUGGUGUUGGGGGACCCCUUUCCUUACCUAUGGUCCUAUGAGACCAUCUAGAUGGUCUUUGAGGGUCUCUUUCCUUAUCUAUGGUCUUCUGAUGGCCUGAUGAGAUCAUCUAGAUGGCCUUUGGGGACCUCUUUCCUUACCUAUGGUCUUAUGAAACCAUCUAGAUGGUCUUUGAGGGUCCCUUUCCUUAUCUAUGGUCUUCUGAUGGUCUUAUGAGACCAUCUAGAUGGUCUUUGGAGAUCUCUCUGCUUACCUAUGGUCUUAUGAGAUUGUCUAGGUCUGUGGUCUCUAAACUAAGGCCCUCCAAGGUCAUUUACCUAGCCUCUGUCCUAAACUUUAGACUUAGAGUUGAUUUAAGUCUGAAAUGACUUGAAGGCACACAAAACCAAUCCUAAUUUUUUACUAUUUCAUCGUAGUCUGGGCCCCCAGCAGUUUGAGGGAAUGUGAAUCGGCCCUCCACUUAAAAAGUAUGAGGACCCCUGUACUAGAGUCUCAGUUAACUGGCACACAUGGAAAUUGGUAGUUACUGGAUAAAUGUAGUUUCUGGUUGCGUGAGAAUUACUGUUAAAAUAGGUCUAAAGCUAUACCCCAGGCAUGUGCUAACUUGAUAUUUGGGCUUGGCCCCAUGUUAGCCACCCUCAGUCCCCGCAGGGGGAUGGAGACGGGAUAUAAAAAUAAAGUUAUUAUUGGGCCCUUCAGGUGUUUUGGACUUCAACUCCCACAAUUCCUAAUAGCCCAUGGCUGCUAUACCCCAUACUAUGCCAUAAACACUCUUAACGAAUUGGAGGUUAUAGAAUCAUGGAGUUGGACCCUAUUCUUGUCAGGUAGGAAAAUCACAUUCAAAGCACCCCUGACAGAUGUCCAUCCAGCCUCUGCUUAAAAGCCUCCAAAUAAGGAGCUUCCAUUACACUCUGCGGCAGAGAGUUCCACUGUUGAACUGCUCUCACAGUGAGAAAGUUCUUCCUUAUCUUCAGGUGUAAUCUCCUUUCCUGUAGUUUGAAGCCGUUGUUCUGUGUCCUAAUCUCUUGUCAAUAUCCUUCAACAAUACAUCUCUCUUGAAUGUUGAUAUCCAGAACUGGGUUACUCCAGGGGAGGUCGGGCCACAGCGGAAGAGAACAGAACUGUGACUUUCCUCAAUCGUAUGGAUGCAGCCUAGAAGUGCGUUGGCCUUUUUCGCUGCUGCGUCACACUGUCGAUUUGUGUCCAGCUUGUCAAAAGCAAACGAUGAUAAACCUAAUGUAACACAGUUGUACUGUAUUAUAAAAGCAGACUUUUAUUAAA